GAUAAGUGAUAGCUGCCAUUUUGCACGUCUUGUAUUCAAUCUUGACUGCGUACGGUUUUUAGUAAAAGUCUAAAGUAAAUCUAAGUGAAGCGAGAAAUUAUUUCAAUCGAAGAUAUACAGAAAAUUCCAUAACAAAAUGGCAGCCAGCGACUCUGGGACUGACGAGUCUUUGUAUCCAAUUGCGGUGUUGAUCGACGAGCUGAAAAACGAGGAUGUGCAACUCCGAUUGAAUUCUAUCAAGAAGUUAUCCACCAUUGCCUUAGCUUUGGGCGUGGAAAGAACCAGAUCUGAGCUGAUCCCGUUCCUCACAGAGACGAUCUACGAUGAAGACGAAGUGCUGCUGGCGCUUGCUGAGCAACUCGGCAACUUCAUCAACCUUGUUGGUGGCGGUGAAUUUGCCCACUGCCUCCUUCCACCCCUGGAGUCCCUCGCCACCGUAGAAGAGACAGUGGUCCGCGACAAGGCAGUAGCGUCCCUCCGGGCUGUGGCCGCCCAUCACACUCCCCAGGCCCUAGAGCAGCACUUUGUGCCGUUGGUCCAGCGUUUGGCUGGCGGGGAUUGGUUCACAUCCAGGGCUUCAGCUUGUGGCCUGUUCAGUGUUUGCUACGGUCGCGUCUCAGCCCCAGUGAAAGCAGAGCUCCGUCAGCACUUCCGUCUCCUCUGCCAGGAUGACACGCCGAUGGUGCGCCGCGCCGCCGCAUACAAGCUUGGAGAGUUCGCCAGGGUUGUUGAAGUGGAAUAUGUCAAGUCCGAUCUCAUUCCCAUGUUCGUCAAUUUGGCGCAGGACGAGCAAGACUCUGUGCGUCUCCUGGCGGCGGAGGCCUGCGCCGCCGUCGCUGCUCUGCUUCCACCUGAGGAUAUGGAGCAGCUGGUGAUGCCCACAGUCCGCGCCCGUGCUGGAGACACUUCCUGGAGGGUUCGCUACAUGGUGGCUGACAAGUUCGUGGAGCUGCAGCAGGCGGUGGGCCCGGAGCUGGCGCGCGCGGACCUGGCGCAGAUCUUCCAGGCGCUGCUCAAGGACACCGAGGCCGAGGUGCGCGCCGCCGCCGCCGGCAAGGUGAAAGACUUCUGCAUGAACCUGGACAAGGCGCACCAGGAGCACAUCAUCAUGAGCAUGAUCCUGCCGCAGAUCAAGGACCUGGUCUGCGACCCCAACCAGCACGUGAAGUCCGCGCUCGCCUCCGUCAUCAUGGGCCUUAGCCCCAUCGUGGGCCGCCAGAACACCAUCGAGCACCUGCUGCCAUUGUUCCUCACACAACUCAAGGACGAGUGCCCUGAAGUCCGGCUCAGCAUCAUCUCUAACCUCGAGUGUGUUAACGAAGUCAUUGGCAUCCAACAACUUGUCCAGAGCCUCCUUCCGGCUAUUGUAGACCUAGCUGAAGACACCAAAUGGCGCGUCCGUCUCGCCAUCAUCGAACACAUGCCUUUGCUAGCCGGACAACUCGGGCAGGAUUUCUUCGAUGAAAAACUCACAGGCUUAUGCAUGUCUUGGCUCAUCGAUCAUGUCUACGCUAUCCGCGAAGCUGCCACUCUCAAUCUGAAGAAACUCGUCGAACAGUAUGGACCGUCUUGGGCAGAGACCAAUGUGAUCCCUAAAGUACUGGCUAUGUCGCGCGAACAAAACUAUCUGCACAGAAUGACUUAUCUCUUCUGCAUAAAUGUACUUUCUGAAGUCUGCGGCAAAGAUAUAACUACCAGAGUACUCCUGCCUACAGUUUUGUCUAUGGCUGACGAUGAUGUUGCCAACGUAAGGUUCAAUGUAGCCAAGACCCUGCAGAAAAUGGCGCCUUUCCUCGACCCUGCUGUUAUCCAACCUCAAGUGAAACCCGUCCUUGAGAAACUUAACGUAGAUCCUGAUGUCGACGUGAAAUACUUCGCGUCCGAAGCGAUUGUAGGAAUCGCUGGUUAAAUAGUACCGUAAUAUAAAUUAGUAUUUAUUCCAUAAUUCCCAGUAUCUUAAGGAGAUUAACGCGGGAGGGGAGUUUACCGAAAUUAACCUAACAGUCUGCAAAAGUACCUAACGGUGAGGAUUCUUUGGAUGUUUCAUAGCAUUUACGUUGCACUUUAUAUGAAAUUGUAAUUAGUAUAAAAGUAAUCAAUAAAAGCCAUUAUCCAAAA